ACCACCUAAAUAAGAGGAGUCAGGAGUGGCAAUGUGUCAGAGACAAUGGCAAGGCUGUGGAAGGCAUCUGUAUUGGUGGUGGCCUUGGCUCUGGUAGCCUGUGAAGCCCAGGGUCCACCAACAUAUGCGGAUAUUGUUGAGCAGGCCGUAGAGGCAUUUAACAAUGGGCGUCCAGGGAAGUCCCUCUUCCGCCUGAUAGAUGUCACCAUGCCAUCUGACCAGAAUCCCACUAGCAAUUUCCCACUCAAGUUCAGUAUUAGCGAGACAGACUGCAUCUCCGUCCCGGAAAGACAGCCUCAAAACUGCAACUUCCUGGAAAAUGGGGAGGAUCGAAACUGCAGAGGUCAAUUCAUCAGAAGGCGGCUCUCAACCUCCUUGACCUUGAGCUGUGACAGAGAUUGCAGUAGAGAGGGUGCCCAGGUAAACGGUUUUCCUGAUUACCCUGUGGCAGAUGUCUCUGAGGAGGACCAGCCCAAAGAUCUUCCCCCUAACAUCAGGAACAUUUAUGACAAUGCCAAGUAUGACAUCAUCAACAACAUUCUUCAUAAUUUCUAGGGCUGGAAUAGGGAGGGGAGGCUCUCCCUGCCACCAUGCCCUCCUCUUCCCCCACUACCCACCUCCCUCUACUGCCCUUAGGGCCCUGCUUCCUGCACUUCCCAGGAAGGCCCCAAUAAACAGUGUAUAAGACGUUA